AUGAGUCCUCCGUCAUGUUGCAGCAUAGAAUUGACAAAGCAGCUACAAUACCAUCCAUCAGCAAGAUCCUUGGCACAAAAAGCACGCCGUCAAAAAGAAAAACAAGAAAAGGCACAAAAAGAACCAAGGUGUUCUCCCAACAAGUCUUCUUCAACAACCCAGAAAGAACCCAUCAGCAGCAUCCUUGGCACAAAAAAACGUCGUGAAAGAGAAAAACAAGAGAAGGAGCAGAUAACACAUUAUGUUAUUCCAACAACUCUUAUUCAACCUGAAGCAUUAUGCUGCAAUGAGGGGCGUGACAGAGCUAAAAAUACCCGGCAUAAAAAAAUAAGGACAAAAGAGCCACAAGAUCAUAAUGUCUUUGAAGCUGCAUAUGAAGAUCAGAUGAAUACAGUAGCUAUGGGAAGUAAUAAGCGGAUAGGAUCACUACGUACACCAUCCACUUCAGAUGAAAAUGAGAUGUCUAUUCCUGCUCCAGAUAUAUCUUCUGAUGAGUAUACUGAUUAUGAAUAUUCUUCGGAUGAAGAAGCUGAUGACGAAUACGAAAAUGUACUUAAAGCUGUUGGAAAUAUACUUGUUGUUAAUUUUAAUGAGACCGGAAGAAAUUAUCUCGGAAAGAUGGACGUUCCCUGCUCAUUUUGUGGUGCUCUGCAUUCGAUUGACGAGAAAUUAACCGAAUCAUCUUUUAAGAACCCCAAAUUUGGUAAAUGUUGUCAUAAAGGAAAAGUUAAUCUUCCAGCACUACGUACACCUCCUGAUUCAUUAAGAGAAUUAUUUGAAGGUGAUGAUGAUAAAUCAGAGACGUUUAGGAAAAAUAUUAGAAGUUUAAAUGCUACUAAUGCAUUUACAAAUCUUGGAUGCAAAUACGACACAAGGGUAUCAAAAGGUGGAGGACCUCCAUGUUUUUCAAUACAUGGUGAAUUACGACAUAAUAGUGGAUCUUUGACACCUAAAGAAGGAGAGGAUGCAAUUUACUCGCAACUAUACAUAUAUGAUCCAUCUCAUGCAUUGGCUAUACAGGAAAAAAGAAAUCCAAAUCUAAGUAGAGAAGUUCUUAAAAUUAUCCAGGAUAAACUAUUGGAGCACAACAUUUUCAUUACGAAGUUUCGGCAAGCACACGAUAUCUUAAGAGAUAAUGAGGUGUCAUCUCAGAAGCCUGUGCAGGUCUCCCUACAUUUUAAUGAGAAUUCUGAUAAGAGGCGAUAUAAUCUGCCAACUGCGAAAGAAGUAUCCGUCAUCAUACCUGAAAAUCCCAGCGACAUAAAAGCACCCCGUGAUAUUCUUUUGCAUCUAAAAGCAGGAAAAGGAUUUACAAUAAUUAAUGAAUGGCAUCCUUCAUAUCUACCUUUGCACUAUGUUUUACUAUUCCCUUACGGUGAGUUAGGUUGGAGCACCAAACUUGCACAAUGGGAUGGAAAAUAUUUUACCAAAACAAAUCUAUCCCAGAUGCACUUUUACAGUUACUAUCUUUUUCAGCGCCACUCAGAAUAUUCAACAAUUCUGAGAGGAGGAAAACUAUUCCAAGAAUUCUUAGUAGAUGCAUGGGCUUCGACUGAACAAAGUCGUUUAAAUUUUAUGAGAUUUAACCAGAUAAAUCUACGUGCAGAUCAAUAUGCUUCAAUAAUAAAAAUGAAAGAUGCUGGAUUAACACCUAAAGAAGGAGGUACACCAUGCAUUUUACCAUCCUCAUAUAUUGGGAGUCCAAGAAACAUGUAUGAAAUCUACUGA